AUGAGCCAGAGCUCCUCGGAAGAAAGAUCGAUGAUGUACACAAACAACCGCCAGCAAUCCCCCGAAGAAGGCGCACCUUUGAUGGAGCCUUCGAGCAUUCCGCUGAAUGUUCUCAUCACUCAACAUCGUAGGCCACCGAAAGAAGUCAACAGGAGAAGCGAAGAAAGUGGUCUAAUCCAGUCAAUUCCCCCGAUUCUAAACGACAUGUCGAGCUACGACUGCGAACAGCAGCUUCUAGAGUAUAAUCCCGCCCAGACAUCAUCUACAUCAUCUAAAGCCAAUGGUGCUCGUCAUAAAUCUGGACAGCAGCCCGGCCCUGGUUGGCAAACUGGUUGGAGAGGUGGUCUGAGCAUAGCUGCCGGGUUGACGCUCCUUAUUUUGAUCAGCAACAUUACAAUACUUGGGGUCUUUUCAUCACCGGCUUAUCGAAGAGACUAUAGUUCUACUACUGCCCCAAUUCGCACGGGAGAAUGUGACGAUAUCAAGAAAUUAAAUAUCGGCAUCCAUCUUCUUAUCAAUAUCGCAAGUACUAUCCUGCUUGGGGCAAGCAACUAUUGUAUGCAGACCAUCAGUGCUCCCACACGCCAUGAUAUCGACAGGGUCCAUGCUAGUGGUAAAUGGCUACGAAUCGGUGUGCCCAGCCUUCGGAAUCUGAGGUUCAUUGGAAAGAAGAGGGUCUUCAUUUGGCUGUGUCUGGCUGCCACAUCUCUUCCCCUUCACCUGGUUUAUAACUCGGUGUUCUUCGUGUCAACCAGCUACAAUAGUUACCGGAUGUACAUCGCCGACGCAUCCUUUGCAACCGGGGCGCCUUACAACGAAGAUAUCUUCAAUGUCACUCAAGAAAUGCGGACGCAACUCAUAAACGGCACACGAUAUCAAGUCUUAUCCAACAGCGACUGCAUCGAAGCUUAUGCCCAAGAUUUAAUACAAGACAGGGGGAACGUGAUAUUGGUUGUAGAGCCACCACCACAGGACUACAGUGUCUUCCAAACGUAUGAUUCACCACACGUCUGUGCGGACCCAUCCACUACAUCCUUAUACGCAUCCCAUGACUGCAAGUAUAGCGACGAUGUUCAAUUCAACGAUGGAUUCUGCACCAAGGCCGCGUGGAAGGGGCGGAUGCACGACAACAACUGGGAAGUGGCCGGGGUGAAAGUGAAAUAUUGCCUAAGCGAACAGACGCCCAGCCGCUGCUGGCUUCACAUCGCCACGAACCUCGUCGCUGUGGUCGUUGCUUUCAACUUGGCCAAGCUGAUCCUCAUUACCUAUAUCCUUUUCGGCAACUGGGUUGACUGGGACCCUUUGGUAACUAUCGGCGAUGCUAUUGCAUCCUUCCUCAACCGACCCGACCCGAAGACAAGGGGGAUGUGUCUAUUAGCGACUGAGGAGAUUUUAGAAUUUUGGGGGGAUAAACGCCCACCACCCCAAGAGUAUCAGACGCGGAGGUACCAUUGGGUUUGGGUGGUAAGCACACGCAUCUUGGUUGUUACGAUCUGCUUGAUUGCAGCCGCAUUGACCAUUCUAAUUUUCUACUUGAUUCAGGCUAUCGGCAACUUGCCUUACUCCUCCGCAGGGGACAUCUGGUCGUUGGGUGUUGGCAAAAUCAGUCCAUACACCCUCAUAACUACAUGGGACGUUCCCUCUGCAGGCGAUGCGGCAGUCGUUUGCCUUAUUCUCCUUACCAACGUACCGCAAGCCUUGUUCUCGUUUCUAUACCUUAUAUUAAAUGGUAUCGUAACUGCUAUGCUAACUACACGGGAAUGGACCAACUACGCGGAUUAUGUUCCCAAAGCCCUCCGUGUCUCUUUUCCAAAGAGAGGACAGCGAUCUACGUUCUUCUUGGCGCUGCCAUAUCGGUACAGCCUACCAUUAAUGAUCAGUUCAAUGUUGAUGCACUUGCUCAUUUCACAGAGCUUUUUCAUGGUGCAAAUGGUUGAGAUUCGCACGUGGGAGUCGCAAGAGGAUCAAGAGGAUAUCGAACUAACGGACAUCACAUCUACGGCCGGGUAUUCUCCCCUAGGCAUGAUAUUAACUCUCUUCGUCCUGGUGAUAGUCUCUUCCACAAUAGUGAGGUUGGGGAGGUUCACAUUCAAGGAAGGCAUGCCAUUAAGCGGAAGCUCCAGCGUAGGUAUCGCAGCCGCAUGCCAUGUGUGCGAGAAAACAUCAAGCCGGAGACCGGUGACAUGGGGCGUGGUGGUUCCGGCCAACCACGCUCCAGAUGGUGUCGGACAUUGCUCCUUCUCCAAUAAACGGGUAGAGCUACCAGAGCAAGGGAGUCGGUAUGCUUGA